AUGAGCAAAAAAGUAAAAGACUAUUUGAAAGCAUUUUUUACUGCAGCUGAUGAAAUUCCCAAAGUUAAUACUGUAGAAUUAUGGAUUGCUAGAUAUUCACAUUUAGUACACAUACUUGCUGCUGAGGAAAGACAAAUUAAAUCUCAUACUAGUGAUCUAAUUCAGGCUGAAGCGAUUGAAUCAAGUAAAAAUAAGCAUGAGAUUACUA